AUGAAGUUCGGUAAGAGGCUUAGAGAUCAGGAAGAGGAUACGUUGCCAGAGUGGCGAGGCAAGUUUCUUCGCUACAAGGAGCUGAAGAAGCGGUUGAAGACCAUUUCCGCAGAAUCACCGGAACGCGAGCUUGAGGGGGCAGAGCAGCCGCUAGAUUUGUGCGAUGAAUCUUCAGAUAUCGUCAGGCGUGCGCUCUUCUCCGGGUCGUCGGAGGACCCGUUUGUGCAGCUGCUGCUGUCGGAGUUGGAUCGGUUCAACGACUUUUUCGCCGAUAAGGAGGAGGAGUUUGUCAUUCGCAUGCACACCAUCAAGCAGCGGAUAGCCAGUGAGGUGUUGUUGGAGAACUACAGCUCGCUCAACUACAUGGGGCUCGUUAAGAUUGUCAAGAAGCACGACAAGCGCACCAGUCACCCGUUGCGUCCGUUCUUGCGCACUGUGCUGCAGCAGCCGUUCUGCACGACGGAGCUGUUGUCGCAGUUGAUCAGCGAGUGCGAGGUGCUGCUGCAGCAGCUGUUGCCGCCCAGCGAGCAAUCAUAUGUCAACGUUUUUGCAUCUUCUACUGUCGUCUGUGUUACAUGUGCAGCAUGCAAUCAUCCGGUAGUCACGCUUCACCAGGAUGUCCCGACUGCUGCUGCUGAGGAAGUGGAAGUGACGCCUGCCAGAGAGCCUGCCGCUGCAGAGUUUGAUUCUGAUGACAACGAUACAGUAGCCAUGGUUUACCGCAGUGCCUGUAGCGCCCUUCGCGCUCUUAUCGAGAUCCGCAGCAGCUCAAAGACCCCACAUCCGAUCAUGCUGGCAGCCCAGCAGGGAGCACUCUCACCUGCAGUGCACUCACCUAGCGUCCCUGCGGAGCCUCUCCAACCCCAAGCCAGCCAAUCCAACCGCGGCGAUGCUCAGGGUGAAGCCGAAGUGAUGGGCAGCGGGGGCGAGUCGAGCUGCAGCACUGAAAGGGGGAGUGCCCAGGUGAUGCUGGAAAAUACCGCUGGUGUGCACCGUGGGCUAGAGAGGGAGCUGGAUUCGGGGAGCAAAGAGCAGGCACAGACGGUUGGCCAAUCCUAA